ACACAUACACACUCUCACACACAGCCCAGCAUAAUCAAGUUUAGUAUCGUUCGUGAAAAGAUGAGUCCUGUUCGGCGGCACGGAAAAUAGUCCCAGCGGAAAAACAGUGGAAAAUUUGCACGCCCGUGGCCUUUGGGUGUGUGUGUGAUGUGAACACAUAACCCGCAUGUAACAGCCGCAGCAUAUUUGCGUGUGUACACUGCGGCACAAGCGAAAGCAGUGAAAGGGUGGCCAUUUCUCGCCCGCGAACGUUCUGUGAUUUGUUGGACACUGUGCGUGGAUCGGACUUGUGCAAUUGUGUUGGGGAAAGCGAGUAUAAUGCGGAAAACGACCGUCCGCUGCAGCGAGUGCAAAACAAAAUAAAUCAAAGCUCACUAUAGGUAGUGCACUACUCGGUGUGGCAAAUCACAGCUUCCCUCUAGCUCGGUUUGAUUAACCGUCGGAGGAAAGAAGGAAGAGGAAGAGAAGGUUCUGGUUUGCAAAACCCCCCCACGCGAAGAACCAGGGAGCGGGGAAGAGAGAACGAGAGAAAAGCGCUAGUGCAAUCUCUUCCUCCAUAUCGCCCCAUCGUGUGUGUGUGCGCGUUUCUGUGUGCCCGUGUGUGUGUGUGUUUGUGUAGUUUAUACAAUCGAGCAAAUUUGCUGGCGGCCGUCCCUGCUUGGCGCUUGCCUUUUUCACUGAUUGAUUGCGAGGAUCGACUGUUGUUGCUUCCGCUAAAGCAGCAGCAGCAGCAGCAGCUCAAGGUGAUUGCGAUCAAGACGUAACGCGAAGUUGGGUCCGUUCCUUCAGAAAACAGGAACGGUAGAGCCUUUAAGCUUUGCAUUGAUCAGUUUUUCCCUUGUUCCGGGUGCAGUGUGUGACCGUCUUCUAUCAGCUAGAAAACUAGUUCUUUUUAACCCAAAAGUCGUCUAUCCAUACAGACCACUACUUGCUCGCCCGAGCGUUCCCAGCCAAGAGAGCAGUGCGAAAGAUGCGUUAAGCAGACGGCGGUGACAAGGUGUGAUGGUUGAUCCUCUCGAGUCGGCCCCCGAGCGAUUGAUUCCAGCAGGAAAAUCAGUUGUGUGUGUGUAAAGCUCAAAAACCAAGCGGGCCAGUGAAAAUCACCGUUGUGAGAUAUGAGGUGAGCGCGUGAGCAGCAGUUCCCCUUUUGCACCCUCCGAGCGUGUGGUUGUUACAUAAAAGCAAAGCGGAAAAUUCACCGUGCCGUGCGAGCAGAACAGCAAGCAGAGUGAGACGCGAGUAGGAGCAGCAGCAGCAGCUGUCACUACGAUUGGUGUUUUUAGUUGUUUGGUUAACAAAGUGUUUGGUGUUCGUUUAGUGCGUGUGUGUGUGUUAUGUGUGCAAAAAGCGCUCCUCUUUGCGAGAGCUUCGCCGUGCAAAAGUGUGUGAAAAGUGUCGGAAAAAGUUAGGCAAAAAACGGAAUUUUAUCUAAGAGUGGACGACCUCCUCGCUAGCGUAAUCUUGUGAAACUCACCCAACCGAAAAGGAUUCAUCCCUGCUUAGGUCAAGCUGCUGCUCUUCCUCACCAAAGUGUAAGGCACGACUUACACGUGACUAAAAGAAAAGGAUUGCCCUAAUCAGAACCCCGGGCGAACGGUUUGCCGGGAGUAACGCUCGAGAAGAACGCGCUAGUGAACGCGCAGUGUGGGCCACACGCCACCGAAUCGGUUUCGUCGCUGCAACCGCGUGCGGUCCCCGCCCGUGAAAAGCCGUCAAACUGGAGCGACUCCCAGAGUAUCUGCGCGACACGGUGGACUGGUUUAUGGGAAAAGCCCGACGCAAGGAACGAGACGGAGAUUCGAAUCAGGGCGACACAAAGCUUUACCUCGAGGAAGGGCUGCUAGAGCGGAAGUUACCGGAUGCGGACCUGCGAUUACUAGUGGAUCUACCGGCAGGCUUGGACUACAACGAAUGGCUAGCAUCGCACACCCUUGCGCUGUUCGAGCACGUCAACCUCGUGUACGGUACCAUCAGUGAAUUCUGCACUACAUCCGGCUGUCCAGACAUGACCGGCCCAGGAACUAGGAUGUACCUCUGGUUCGACGAGAAGGGCAAGAAGACGCGGGUGGCCGCCCCACAGUACAUCGACUACGUGAUGACGUUCACGCAGAAGACGGUCAGCGACGAGUCGAUCUUUCCCACCAAAUAUGCCAAUGAGUUCCCUAGUUCGUUCGAGAGCAUCGCGCGCAAAAUCGUCCGCCUGCUGUUCCAUGUGAUCGCGCACCUGUACGCGGCCCACUUCCGCGAGGUCACCAUGCUCGGGCUGCACGCGCAUCUUAACCUCACCUUCGCGCAUCUCACCGCGUUCCAUAGGCGAUUUAAUCUGAUAGAACCCAAAGAGACAGAAGUGCUGCGCGAUCUGGAGAUUGCGCUCCGCCUGACGGACGAUCCGACGGCGCCCGCGGUCACCACCGGCGCCGACGGCAAGGCGGACAGUAGUGCCUCGAUCGCGUCCACGACCUCGGCCUCGACCGGCACGACCAACACGUGCUCGUCCUCGUCCACGUCCUCGACCGCUUCCUGCUCGCCGCCGCUACUCCUAACCGCCGCUGCAGCCGCCGCCUCCUCUACCGUGCCGCCGCCGUCGUCGUCGCCGCACCCGAACAACGGUACGAUCCUGCCUCCCUCCUCCACCUCUACCACCGCCACGCCGAACAGCAGCUGCAGUGGUGCGGACAACAAUAAUAGCAACAGCAGUAGUGAUAGUGGUGCCGCCGGCCACGCGAACCACCACGCGCUCAUCGAUGGGGACGCGACGGCCCAGCCGAUCUGCAAGCAGCCGCUCGAAUCGGGCAGCGUCGUUGUAAAUAGUAAUAGUCAUAAUCAUCACCCGCACCAUCACCACAACCAUCCCCAUCACCAUCAUCACCAUCAUCCGGGUAAGAUGGAAUCGUCCUGUGCGACCGGUGGUGGUGGCGGCGGCAGUGGCAGCAGCACCGGCAGCGUUGGGGUGAGCGGAUGCGGCGUCGGUUACAGCGUCGUUGGAGGGGGAGGCGGCGGUGGAGGUGGCGGUGGACAUUCGGGCGGGGCCAGUUCGCAGCAGUCGUCCAACACGCAGACAACGGCAUAGUGGAUACGCUGGACUGCGAGUGUUGGGGCCGGCGCCGGAACCAUGUUCCUGCUGGGCGGGGCGGCGUGCUGUGGGGCCCUCCAGGUGCCCACCCAAAUCUGACCAAAAUGUGAUCUUAAAAAAAAAAACAAAAAACAAAACAAAAAAAAAACACACACAAGCAUACGCGGAAAAAGGAUGUGAAGCGAAAGGUGGCAAACACACACACACAAGCGCGUGUGUACACAUCCUUGGAGAACAGGAGUGUGAUGAUGGAGGGAGGGAUGUUGCCAUUCGGGUGUAUGUGUGUGUGUGUGUAUGUGUGUUGGCUCGUUGUCCCUGCUUUCAUUUUGCCUUUUGCACGAAACACACAUACACGACACGCGCCCCUAGCAACGCUCCCCCACUCCAAAACAACCAAUCAGCAUCGCAUCACGCGCAGAGGACAGCAGAGGAGGCGUUGCGUCAAUCUUACUUUUUUUUAUUUUUUAAUGAAGCUAGGAACCAUUUUUAGUAAGCGUGAAAAGUGUGUGUGUGCUCUGUUACACGAAACAACACCCUCUCCCAAGAAAGGAUAAUAUAUUUGUGUAUGUAUUGUAACCCAUUAUGAUUGAAACCAUCCUUCAAGGUAGCCUGAAUAAUAAGCAAAAAUAAGAAAAAAAGGAAACGAAACAAGCGGUCCCUGUAAAAACGAAGGGAGGGACGGAUUUUUAACUGUUCGUUUGGGGACACUUACUGGAACCGUCAGCUGUUGCUGCUGCUAGACAGUGGGGAAAGCGAUGGCAAAUGGCAGUUAUGCGGUCAUAACUAAUUUUUGAACUGUUUAGUUAUCUCUCUGUUCCUGUUUUUUUUCAAUAUCGAACACAUAAUAUUGUAAAUUAUUUUUGGUAAACUUCUUUCCUAGUUACAAUCACAUUUCCAAGGAGUAAUUCGUUUUGCUGUGUUCUUCUGUUAUCUAAUUCUAGUGCGAUCUAUUCGGCCCUUUUCCCUCCCUUUUUGUAAGAAAGCAAUUGUUUUGUUUUAUGUUUUGUAUUUGUCUUUGCUUCGUACACGCACACGUUUCGUUUCGUUUUUUUUUACUCUACUGUGAUCAUGAUUGUUGGUUCUUCUUUCUUUUUACUUGUUUAUUUUUCCCUUUUCGGUUUUGCCUCAAACGAACACACUUUGUAAAGCGAAAGAGAGAGAGAGAGAGAGAGAGAGAUAGCUGGAGCAUCCUUUUUUACCGCUGUUAGAAAAAGGUUACAAUAAACAAAAACAAAAAAACAAAAACAAAAAAACAGCAGCUGUGAAAAGAAAA